CAAAUCCUCAGAAGCAGCAGAACACAGGAGCUUCGAGCUUCGAGGACAACAGACACAGGAAACCGGAAGAAAGCAGCUCACCGGAGUAAACAUGCCUUCCAAGCUCGCGCUGGCCCUCUUGGCAGCCUGCCUUCUCUCUGCAGCUCUGUGCCAGGGUGCAGUUGUGGCAAAAGUUGGUACAGAGCUUCGAUGCCAGUGUAUCAAGAUUCACUCCACUCCUUUCCACCCCAGAUUUAUCAAAGAAUUAAGAGUGAUUGAGAGUGGACCACGCUGUGCCAAUACAGAAAUCAUUGUGAAGCUCGUUGAUGGAAGAGAGCUCUGCCUGGACCCCCAGAAACAGUGGGUGCAGGUUGUUGUGGAAAAAUUCUUGAAGAGGGCUGAGAACCAAGAUUCUUGAAAAAAACAUGCAUUGUCCGUGACAUCCAAGAACCCCUCAGUGAAGACGCCUGUGAAAUUCAAACAAAUCUACUUCAGCUCUUUGUAUAUGGUGUGGGUCUGCUGUGAGGUUGCCAGAUAAAACACUGGAUGCCCAGUUGAACUUGAAUUUCAGAAAACAACAAAUAGUUUUUUGCACUGUACCAUGCAAUAUCUAGGACAUACAUAUAUUAAAAGUUAUUUAUUUGAAUAUGGCAAGCGAUAAAUCAUUUUGUAAAUAUCCGAACAUUUUAGAUAUUGCAUGGGACAUUCUAUCAAGAACAAAAUUGAAAUUGAGAUCAAAUUCUAGGAGAGUAACUGGCUUUCUGCCUCAGGAAUUGGUUGGUAGAAAUGUGAUACUGCAAGCAUUAGAUGAUAAGACAGUGAUGUUUUCUGUAAAUUUAAAUUUAGCUGGAAAAUCCUGAUGAUUAUUAUGAAUUGAAUCUGCAUCCUAGUUCUGCUGGCCAGGACCACGAUUCCCUGCUCACCUGCACCUUGGAGGCCGCUUUAUUCCUCCCUCGCGGAAGGAAAAUCGGCCACCACCCUUCCUCAGCAGGGUGUCAGGGGACGCAUGGAAGCACUUUACGGUUUUUCAUGAUCACGUAACUUAUCUUCAAGUGUAACUGUUCCUCUAUUUAUUAUUUAUGUAUUUAUUUAUGCAUCAAAUAUUGUGAUAUUUCUGCACGACUUUGGAAAGAUAGAGAAGGAAGAAGCACAGUUGAUAUGGGAGUGUGAUGUCAGAGUUA